AUGAGCUCGACACAAGCAUCCAGUUCGGCACACAUCAUGGACGAGGCGCGCAAUGGUGCACUGAAACAAUACAGAGAGAAAAUGCGCGCGCACGAGAACAGCAGUCAGAAGUUGAAGAAUUUGCGCUUCUCCUUGAAGGACUUGGAGAAGGACUUUGAGAAGACGGAGGAUGAUAUUAAGGCCGUGCAGUCUGUCGGCCAAAUCAUCGGCGAGGUCAUGAAGCAGUUGGAUGAGGAACGCUUUAUUGUAAAGGCAUCCUCAGGGCCUCGAUACGUCGUAUCAUACAGGCCAACACUGCCGGUGGCGAAACUCAAGAUGGGGACGCGCGUGAGCCUCGACAUGACCACCCUCACCAUCAUGCGCAUUCUGCCACGAGAAGUCGAUCCGCUCGUUUACAAGAUGAGUCUGGAGGACCCCGGAGGAGCGAGCUUCGCGGGAAUUGGUGGUCUCGGAGAGCAGGUCCGGGAACUGCGAGAGGUCAUCGAACUUCCCCUACUCAACCCCGAACUUUUCGUCCGCGUGGGCAUCACACCCCCGAAGGGCGUCCUGCUCUAUGGCCCUCCCGGCACGGGAAAGACGCUGCUCGCGCGCGCGGUCGCCGCGACGCUCAACACCAACUUCCUCAAGGUCGUCUCGAGUGCGAUUGUGGACAAGUACAUCGGCGAGUCCGCGCGCGUGGUGCGCGAAAUGUUCGGCUACGCGCGCGAGCACGAGCCUUGCGUCAUCUUCAUGGACGAGAUUGACGCUAUCGGCGGUCGUCGAUUCUCGGAGGGCACGAGCGCAGACCGCGAGAUCCAGCGGACGUUAAUGGAGCUGCUGAACCAGAUGGAUGGCUUCGACUCGCUCGGUCGCACGAAACUCAUCAUGGCGACGAACCGGCCGGAUACACUCGACCCCGCCCUUCUCCGCCCCGGUCGUUUGGACAGGAAGAUUGAGAUCCCUCUCCCGAACGAGCAAGCGCGUCUAGAGAUUCUCAAGAUUCACAGCCAGCCGGUGAACAAGAGCGGGGAGAUCGACUACGAGGCGAUCGUCAAGCUGUCGGACGGCUUCAACGGUGCGGAUCUGCGGAAUGUCAUCACUGAGGCGGGGAUGUUCGCUAUUCGCGACGACCGUGAGUACGUCAUCCAUGAGGACCUCACGAAGGCGGCACGGAAGGUCGGUGAGGCGAAGAAGCACGAGACCAAGCUCGAGUACUCGGCAUAG